CAAAAAAUUAAGUCUUUCCAAAACAAUCCGACCUACUGUCAUCCCCUCCUAAGAACUUGUCUUCAAGUUUCCGACUGAUCAAUCAAAAUAUCAAGAAAUUAAAUAAGGGUAAAAGGAAAAAGAAAAGAUGGGGAAGAGGGGAAGAGCAUGCUUGGUGGUUCUAGGAGAUCUUGGCCGUAGCCCUCGUAUGCAGUAUCAUGCCCUUUCACUUGCACGCCAGGCAUCCUUGGAAGUGGAUAUUGUUGCUUAUGGAGGUUCGGAACCCCACCCUGCUGUUAUAGAGAAUGAAUCUAUUCAUAUUCACACUAUGAUACAAUGGCCAAAAAACUCUCAUAGCUUGCUAAAGAUACUUUAUCCACUGAUGCUCUUAUUGAAGACUAUCAUUCAAUUUAUAAUGCUUAUUUGGUUUCUUUGCUUCAAAGUUCCUCCUCCUGAUGCUUUCAUAGUGCAGAAUCCUCCUUCUGUUCCGACAUUAGUAGCUGUAAAAUGGGUGAGCUCAUUGAGAAAGUCAGCGUUCAUUGUUGAUUGGCAUAAUUUUGGAUAUACCUUACUUGGUUUGUCUGUGGGAAGAAGCAGCCCAUUUGUCUCAAUAUACCAUUGUUUGGAGAAGCGUUAUGGGCAGAUGGCAAAUGGUUCCCUAUGUGUAACAAGGGCAAUGCAACAUGAAUUAGCUCAAAAAUGGGGAAUUAAAGCCACAGUUUUAUAUGACCAGCCUCCCGAGUUUUUUUGUCCAACUUUACUUCAGGAGAAGCAUAAGUUGUUUUGUAGAUUAAAUAGAGAUCUUUGUCAUCCUCUUGGUGUUCGAGAUUGUGUAACUAUUACAACUACAGGAAUUGGGUCCGAUGACCAAAAUGAAACAUUAUUUACAACUCAGGUUGGCUCUGAUAUCUUAUUGAAGCCAAGCAGGCCUGCUCUUGUUGUUAGCAGUACAAGUUGGACGCCGGAUGAAGAUUUUGGGAUUCUAUUGGAAGCAGCAGUAAUGUAUGAUAGACGAGUUGCUGCUCUAUUGGAUGAAAAUGAUUCCAUUGAUGAAGGGGUCCUCUGGAAGGAGAUCUCUCGUGGAAAGCAAUACCUGUACCCAAGGUUGUUGUUCAUCAUUACAGGCAAAGGUCCUGAAAAGGGGAAGUAUGAAGAGAAAAUAAAGAGGCUAAAUCUUAAACGUGUUGCAUUUCGUACCAUGUGGCUGUCAGCUGAGGAUUAUCCAUUGCUUCUUGGUUCAGCAGAUUUAGGUGUUUGUCUGCAUACUUCAUCCUCAGGAUUAGACCUUCCCAUGAAGGUGGUGGAUAUGUUUGGUUGUGGACUUCCAGUAUGCGCUGUUUCCUACUCUUGCAUUGAAGAACUUGUUAAAGUUGAGAAAAAUGGACUGCUCUUUUCAUCGUCAUCUGAGCUAGCUGAUGAGCUCUUGAUGCUCUUCAGGGGCUUUCCAGAUGAAUGUGAUACUCUGAAAUCCCUCGAGAAUGGUGCACUGGAAACAGGUUCUUCAGCAAGAUGGGCCACUGAGUGGGAAGAACAUGCUAAGCCGUUAAUAUCAGAGGUUAUAUCCAGAAACUUGAAAUAAUCAGCUUCAGCUAUCUUGUGUCAAAGGGUUUUAAAGCUACCAAUCCCUGCCAACUGCCUCAUUUGUUAGUUUAUAAACAAAGUAAUUGCUACACUGGACAUGCUUACUCCAUUUUCCCAGGCAAUCCUUUGAUUAGAACACUGUAGAU